CGUGAACGAGAUGCCAGCUCUGAGAGAGCUGCACGUUUUGACUCUCCUGCGCGUCGGCUUUUUGUGGCGUUUUUUUUUUUAUUUGCCGGCUGCCUCCGAAGUUCGUUGGAGUCUCAGGCGCAGUCUCUGGGAUUUGAUAAAGAAGGAGGAACAUGGACGCGCACAGGCUGAUCGCCGAGGUGAAGCAGCGUCCGGCUCUCUGGGAGCUCACGCACCCGGACCGCUCCAACCGGACGGAGACGCAGCGACUUUGGCUGGAAGUGGCCGACGCAUUGGGGAUGACUGUGGACAUGUGCCGCACCAAGUGGAAGAAUCUGCGCUGCAGCCAUCGUCGCCUCUCCCGGCGCAGUGGGCUGAAGUACCAGCCCCACCACCACCACUCACCUGGCCAUCAGUGGUUGUACGCAGAUGACAUGAGCUUCCUCGACGGGCACUAUAUGCCCCAGGAAAGCGGCACUAACGAUGAGGAGGACAUGCCCGAUCCUGAACUGGCGCCCGAUUCCAUGAUGAUUUUCAAGGAUGAGAAGGAUCAGAUGGAGGCGGACAAUGACGCCCUCAUGCAAGAGUUUCAGAACGCAGCCACUCCGCAGGCUUUGAGGCGUCUUUCGCAGAGCAUUUCCCUGGCCAGUGCGGCGGCUGAGGAGCAGCUUUCCCCCGACUCCCAGGAACUGCGUCAGGGAAUGGGAUUGGCCGGGAACCCGAAUUCUGGUCAAGGAAGCGCUUUGGCUGCCGCAGCUGCCAGCAUCUGCCACUGUGCCAAGCGGGUGGACGAGCAGGUGAACUUUCUGCAGAAUCUCGAGCGCGAGGAGCAGCAACUGAUGCAGUCCACCAACCAGGACCUGGCCAGGUCCAAGAACGUAAUCCAUGUGGGCGAUUCCGACUACAACUACCUGAUGAGCUUUCUGCCGCUGAUGAAGCAGAUGACGCGCCUGCAAAACUUACGCUUUCGGGCCAAGAUGGGCGAGCUCUUGUUGCAGACGAUGCAGGAGCAACAUCAACAGAACCAACAGGAGAUGAUGCAGCAGCAGCAACAACAA